AUGAAAUACUUGCUCUUGAAGUCGGCAAUAUACCCGCAAGAUUUCAUAUAUGAAAAAAUUGAUAAUCCUUUUCCACACUAUAAAGGAUCGUUGACCGUUGAAGUAUCAAUAUCAGACGUAAUCACUGUAUAUUUCACUAACGACAAUGAUGAUGAUCCUCACCCCCUGAAAAUCAAAUACUUACCUCCUAUAAACAUUACUUUUUCAAUGACAAAAAAUUAUCCAUUUGAUGAAAUAUUAAAAUUUGAUCUUGAAUGCUGUUGGCUGACAAAAGAUUCAAUAAAGCAAUUGGAAAAUCAAUUAGAAAAAAUUUGGCAAGAAGAAAAGGAUGUGGUUUUAUUUCGCUUUGCUGAAUUUAUUCAAAAUAAUACAUUAGAUUUUUUGAAUAUAUCAUCAUCAUUGGUUCUUUUUGAUGAAUUCAACGGUUUUACAACGCUUAAAUCAAUUAUGAGUACAUAUAAUCAACAAGGCUUAUAUCAAAAUUUUACAAAUAAUCAUUUCAAUUGUGCAAUUUGUCUUGAAGAAAAACGUGGUGAACAAUGUAUUCAACUUAAAUCUUGUCAACAUGUGUUUUGUCAAAAUUGUAUUUGUAAAUAUUUUGAAAUGUUGAUCAAAGAAGGACUCAUCACGCAAGUCAAGUGUCCUGAACCAGGUUGUCAAUUAAAACAUACGAUAACAAUAGAAGAAAUUUCUGGGAUAGUUGAUAAAGAAACUUCUGAUAGAUAUUCUAAUUUAGUAGAAAAACAAAAACUUGAGACAGAUCCAUCCAUCACCUAUUGUCCUCGAAAAUCAUGUCAAGCUCCUGUCAGAAAAGGUUCUAAUGAUGAUAAAUUAUGCGUUUGUCCAAAAUGUUCUUUUGCAUUUUGUUAUUGGCAUGGUCCAAGUGUACCAUGUACCAUGUAUGCUGUUGAAAAAAUAACAAAUGAUUACAUACAAGCAAAAGGACAAUUGAAAAUUAAUUUGGAAAUACGUUAUGGAAAGAAGAAUCUAGAGGAACUGGUUAGGGAGUUGAAAACAUUAAAAUGGGUUAAAAUCAAUGCACAACAUUGCCCAGGUUGCAAAACCAUAAUUCAGAGAUCAAUGGGUUGUGAGCAUAUGAUUUGUUUACGUUGUGCUACACAUUUUUGUUAUCUAUGUGGAAAUGCUAUAAGUUCGACUGCACCUCAUCAACAUCUCAAUAAUAAAAAUUGUUUGCAAGAUACUUAG